UUUCAAAUGGUUUGGUCAAGUUUGUGCCCUUGCUGUUCUCGAACGGAGACAGCUGAACCUGACGAACCGACACCACGUGCCGAGAUCCCACCAGAACUUCAACCCCGGCGCUCGAAGGUCUUGCAUUGGAAGACGUUGAAAGACGAAGAACGCACGGCUCUCCAAUCUAAAACGUUUUUCGAGUUUUGCACUUUCGACCAGUACCUACGAUCAAACUUCUCUCGCUACACUGUGCUGGAGAAACUCCGCGAGACCCUGACCACAUGUAUGCGCGAUAACAAGUGGCUUUCAAGCUCUAACUCGCCGCAUGCGACACGAAUUUGGAACGCGUUAUCGGACGCCCUCGGGCUAACCACAGGACGCAUGCUUCCAAAACUUUUGGAUCACAGUCAGUUGCAGUGCAUCCUGCAAGUGCUUGCCGAGCACCUCCAAGCCGCGACUACAGCCUUGUCACAAUUUGGGAAAGAUACCAUAACGACAAAACAAGAAAAGUCGCUGAGAUAUUGGCUGGAGAACGCACAAAAAGACCAUGUCGAGGCUUCUCAGCAAUGCGGAACGGGCGUCAAACUGCUGCAACCAGCUACCAACGACCUUGGCAAUGCAUUGAGCAUUCACCUGGUUCAACUUUCAGGACAGCAAACUCAAGCAUGCGUCUACAGUCUUUGGGGCCCGGAAACUGUCGUUGGAUCCACAUCUUCACAAAGCUCGUCAGGGCGCGCUACACCACGCCCGCAAGCUCCCAGCUCUUCGAAUCACAUGACUUCGACAGCUUCCAGCUCGGCGACCGACACGAUUUCACCAAGCUCGUCAGUCCAGGUUUCUGAGCCAGCUACCCGCUCUUCGAAUCAGAUGACUUUGACAGCUUCUAGCUCGGCGACCGACACGAUUUCACAAGCGGUUUCGCCGUUGUCGCUCUCUUUGCAAUUUUGCAACGCGAGGCAGCAAAGACCGCGUGCCAUGUUUUUGCAAAAGGAACCACCCGUCAACUCUGACUCUGGUUGGUACUUGAUGAGGUCGCCAAAAUCACGCGAAGACGCAAGCCUGGUGCUCACAGUGUUACGGAGCAUCCACCCGCAUUCGACCCCCUUUCAGAGUGCCAGUGUGAGCUCCGCUGUUUCUGCAAGCGGCAGUGCUGAAGAUCACGGGUCUAAACUCAGCGACCAAUAUCGCAAAAUCGUUUCCGAAAUCUAUGAGGGAAAGAAGCUCGAAUUGGUCUCGGACACUGACCCGGCUGCUCUUGCCAGUCUGGCAUUGCACAUCGACAACAUUCCAUUCAAUACUCGUCGCAAUGAGGAGUUUACUUUACUCUUGUUCACCUAUUUUGACGUGUGUGAUCGCUGCACUUUGCUGUACUGGAAGUCCAAGAUUUCGCAGUUGCUCGGUAUCGAGCAACUGCAGAUUGUGGCUGUGGGGUGGAAUCGCUUUCAUUCACGCAAUACACUCUGGGCUGAAGGAGACGAUCAAGGUACAGCUCCUCAAUGGAAGCAGCUGAUCGAUGAAUAAAGACUUUUUGGUGGAUACGAGCUCCACUGCGAAAGUUGAUCUACAGCCGU